AUGGGCAUCACAGGAUCCUUACCAUUGAGAUGGUCAACCCUGGUCAAGGGCGGUGUCGAGAUGGGCUCAACAGAUUCCCAAGAUGUCGACAACUGCUCCGAAUAUCCUCAACUCGUGCCGACAAUCCCAAUUCCAAACCAUUCCCGUGUGUCGAGCAGUGUAACGACUGCAACAUUGAUUGGGCCAAGCCCAUUGGAAAGUCUUGGUUGUAGAACGGACUCUUCUUGUAUCAUCAACGUUGAUUACCAUUCUGAAGGCUCAAAACACGUCAACCGUAUUCGAUGUUCCAUUAAUUCAGGUGUAACAUGCUUGGGUCUUAAGUGCAGCAGAGGUUCCAAUAUGUCGAAUGUGUCAGUCCCUGCGAAGAGGCACAGAGGACCUAAAUCAGGACCCGAACUCACACAAUCUUCCAAAGUAAAUCAUCGCUCAAACGUCCUGACUCCGUCUGUGAGUAUCAGCAAGACGAUUCCUUCGAAGGCCACUGGUGCGGACCAGCAUCCCGAAACCCCCGAAACCCCUUCUCAAGCUCCAUGA